AAAGAGAGAGGGAAAGACGGGUGGGGUAGUUGCUGAGCUGGCCUGACCGGACUUGUUGGACUUGUUGAUGGACAUGGCCAAGGCACAUGAUCUGAUCUCUGAAUGCGACAGUCCAGGCCCGCCACCGCUAGCUGUCUAUUUCUGCAGCGUCAACGCACCGCGCCACAACGAAGCUGCAAGGUCACAUCGAGGCAUCGUCUUUCGGCGCGCUGCCUGACUCGCUGUAGGGCUCCCAGUCGGUCUCUUCCCCUGAGGCUCUGCUGAUGUGCUACUCUUUAUAUGGGAGCAUGAAAAAAUAAAUUGCUUUUGUUGAGCCAGUUUUCUCUUAUGGCAGAGAUGAAAGGAACCAUGAAGCUGAUUGUGAUGUGCGCUUUUGUCACAUGGGCUGCAAGAGGAGUUGAAGGGCUUGAUCCCCAGCCUCAAGGAAAUGUUUGGAAGUCUGGAAACACCAGUAGACCAUGGCAAAAUCCAGGAUGGGCUUCUUCAACCCAAACUUACAACCCAGUCACUCAACCACCCUCAAAAGACCAAAAUUCUGAGUGGCCAUCUCUCUCAGGUGGAAGGCAGGAAGUACAGCAAAACAGGCAGCCUUCAUCUGGAGUUUCAUACAGUCGAACUGUUAGUCCAACUAAUCAAAGAACAGGGAGCACUGGUGGAUUAAGGCCAAGUUCUCAACGCCCUUACAAUCAAAAUGGACAACAAAGAAGUACUUACAAACCACCAUCACCUGUCUCAGCCUCUCAUAACCGGACUCGGACAACAGAUCAAGAACUAACAACUUUGUCUGAAAAGUUAUUUGAUGAAGAUGUAAACAAUGUUGGUCAAAACAUAAGAUUGAACUAUCAAAGCAGGACCCAGUCCAAUUCCUUGAAAGAUGCUGCUCCAGAGCCAUUGCUCACUGUUGAUCCAGUAGCAUUGGACAGUCCUACAAUUAAAGCUCUUCGACAACUGUAUGAUAAUUACAUUGCAGACUCGUCCUUUGUUGAAUCAAUUACUUCUACAGAACGACAAGAAGAAAGCGAUUUCCUUGAUAAGAUACUUGACACAAGAGUUAUGGCAGAUACUAUGGAGUUUCUAGCAGAUAAAGGAUAUGUUCAGAGAAAUAAGAAAGCAUUCAAAGAAUUGUUAAACUCAAUUUGGUUUACAAUGUACUCAAGAGGCGGAGGAAUAAUUGGUUCGAGUGCAUUUGAGCAUGUAUUCUUGGGAGAGCUGAAGAAAGAUGAAGUUUCUGGACUACACAAUUGGGUUUAUUUUGCAAAUGAAGAAGAAAACCACAGAGCAGAUUAUAUGGGAUACCUGAAGAAGCUAGAUCUUGGCAAGAAAAGUAAUCUUCUUAAAGUUCACUUCCGCUGGUCCAAUAUCAUCAAAAAUUCUGGUUCAAUGUUUGUUGGUACAAGCCCAGAGAUGGAAAUUGCCCUCUACACCAUAUGCUUCUUGACUCGUCCCGAUGAUCGUUGUCCUUUAAGUCUUGGAGGUAAAACCUUCGGUAUUCAGACCUACACAUACAGGCUCAAUCGAAACAGAGGAGUUGUGAUAGGCAGCGCAUACCCCGUAUUUUAAUCUAAAAUUGCACCACUUAAAGAAAACAGUGCUUUCACAGCUUUUAAUGAAACUACAGUGUGUAACAGAAAAUAUAAAGU